AUGUUUUCUUUUAUCUCGUCACUCUUCACAAAAUCAAAGCGACACUUCCAACAUCAAACGCGCAUUUCCACCUACGGCGGGUCCAUUCACGCCCUCGCAAUAUCUAACGAUGGUCAGGCUCUUGCAUGCGGAGGUAACUUGACACACAUUUUGCUAUGUGAGGGUGCUGACAGACAAGCAGGGACCGAGGGCGUUAAAGUCUGGGAUAUCAAAUCUCGGAAAGAACUUACAUGCUCGACUCAUCACCAUGAGUCCCGGGGCACGGUCAGCUGCGCUGUCUGGGUCACAACAAGACUGGGUAUGGCAGAAAUCCUUUGUUAUGGAACUGGGCUGGGCUACAUUGUGUUUUUACGUCGUAGCCAUAUAGAUAUGCAGUUUCAAGAGACUUGUGCUAGGAGGCUUGGAUCAGGCUUCGAAAUAACUUGCAUGGUAUGGGAUUCGACAUCCUCCGAAACGACUACGCGGAUUGCAGUAGGAACGAGGGACAAAAUAGUUCAAGUCCUCGUUCUCAACACAAACUCACAGCUGCAGGCCGUGUUUUCAGUGCGACUCGACAACACGGUGCCAAAGUCUGUAGCAUUUGCAGACAACGGAUGUGUCUAUGUCUUCGGACUGUACGACGGGAACUUCAUCAAGCUGAGAGGUGAUGACGGCGCAGUGGUAAAGGAACACAGCUGCCAAUCGGUUAUCGGACACGCAGCAGUGAACCAGAAGAGGGGUGUGUUCGUAGUGGACAAUGCUACCAACGGUUUUACUUUGUAUCGACUUGAAGGUGACGAGGAACCUAUUCGAACAUUCGUGACUGCUGCUUCGAGUGUGUCUGUCCCCAAGCAGGUGGCAUUCGGGGCAGAAGGAAGAAUGAUCAUCGGGGGGAGUGACCAUGGAUCAGUGUAUGCAUUCGAGAGGAAAUCAGGGAAGUUGUUCGAAACUCUGUGCCACUCGAAUACAGGCUUGGUGCAGACAAUCACAGUAGGUGUCAGAUUCAAAGGGUAG